AUGGUUGAACUUCGCAAGCGCAAGGCCCCCGCGCCUCCUCCUGUCGUGGAGAAAAAGAGCAAGCCUGGUCCGAAGCCAAAGGCGACCAAAAAGGAGGAGACUGUCGCGCCAGUCGAUGAUGAUAAGCCAAAGGUACCUCAGGUGGGCGAUGUCCUUGACCUAGAGGCCUUUGGUGGCGAUCUCGAGACCAAUGAAGGCACCGCGACCUCCUUGAAGAAGCUUGUCGACGACAGCAAGGCUGGUGUGGUCAUUUUUACCUAUCCCAAAGCUUCGACUCCUGGAUGUACCAAGCAAGCAUGCCUCUUCCGCGACAACUUUGUCCACCUUUCAUCCACCGGUCUAUCUAUCUACGGUCUUUCGGGCGACUCGCCCAAGGCCAACACCACUUUCAAGACCAAGCAGAAUCUUCCAUAUGAACUGCUUUGCAACCCAAGCUAUGGCCUCAUCGGCGCCAUUGGUCUGAAGAAGGCCCCUAAGGGGACCAUUCGCGGUGUCUUCGCCGUCGACAAGAGUGGCAAGGUUCUGAUUCGUGAGCAGGGAGGUCCUGAUGCUACCGUCGAUGCUGUCCAGAAGAUUGUGGCCACGGGUUCGGCCAAGGAGGAGGCAAAGGAGGAUACUGAGAAGGAGAACGGUGAUGAGGCGAAAUAG